AUGGUGUCAAUGGUACGACAGAUCCUGGGCUUCGCCCUGCCCGUCGUUGGAUUUCUGGGGACCAUCAUUGUGUGCACCCUGCCAAAAUGGAAGGUCACGGCCUUCACUGGACCCAACAUUGUGACGGCGCAGGUCCUCUGGGAGGGCCUGUGGAUGAGCUGUGUGGUGUAUAUCACAGGCCAGGUGCAGUGCAAGAUCUACGACUCCCUGCUGGCUCUGCCUCCAGACCUCCAGGCCGCCAGGGCUCUCGUGGUCAUCGCCAUCAUCUUGUCCGCUAUGGGGAUCCUGCUGGGCAUCGCUGGGGGAAAGUGCACCAAUUUUGCGAAGGACCCAUCGUCCAAAGCCAAAGUGGCCAUCGCAGCUGGAAUUGUCUUCAUCAUUGCCGGUGUUCUGGUUCUCGUCCCCGUGUCCUGGUCUGCCUACACCAUCAUCAGGGAUUUCUACAACCCCCUCCUCACCAACGCCCAGAGGAGGGACCUCUUCACCAUGGGGAGGGUUGGCAAGGAAAUAGCAGGUCAGGUCAUAAGCUUCAUAGGCUUCAUUGGGACGGCGGUGACCUGCGGCAUCCCCAUGUGGCGGGUGACGUCCUUCAUCGGAGCCAACAUCGUGACGGGGCAGAUAGUGUGGGAUGGUCUGUGGAUGAACUGCGUGACGCAGAGCACCGGGCAGAUGCAGUGCCAGCUGAACGACUCCGUGCUGAGGCUGUCCAACGACCUGCAGGCCGCGAGGGCCCUGGUCAUCAUCUCCCUCAUCUUCAUCUUCGUCGGCUUCAUGAUCUCGUUCAUCGGAGCCAGGUGUACCAGCUGCCUGAAGAACGAGACGUCAAAAGCCAACGUGGUGAUCAUCAGCGGCUGCCUCAUCAUCACGGGCGCCAUCCUCGUCCUCAUCCCCGUCACCUGGUCGGCGGCCGUCACCAUCACCGAUUUCCAGAACCCCGUGAUCAUUGAGACCCAGAAGAGGGAGCUGGGAGCGGCCAUCUACAUCGGUUGGGGCACUACUGCGCUUCUUCUGGUCGGUGGGAUCAUCCUCACCACUUCCUGUCCUCCUCAAAGACCCACGUAUCCAGGAUACCCACCAGGACCGGUGUACCCUUACACAGCGAACCCGGUGUCGUACCAGCCCGUCUAUGCUCCUCCAUCCAAUGUAACAUACACAGGGACCGGUUCAUACAUACCCAACAAACCAUAUGCAGUACCACCCACAUACUCUGCUGGACGAUAUAUCUAAAACUGAAAAUUUCUGCUGCGAUGCCUUCAGGAACUGUAAAGUUGAAAUGUUUUGUAUUUCUAGCAGAUGGUGUGUAUUCCAAUAUGCUGUUGUGCUGCGAUAUCACUUCACCCUGAGGACUGUGACCUUUGAAAUUCUCGCUCUUUUGUAUCGCUUAUGUGCCCUAAAUCAGAAAUACUUUUUAGUUUGUGAAGCCUUAACCUAAGAGCAGUACUUACACAAUCACACAGCAGCUGUGCCAAGCUGAAGGUUGUCUUUUAAUGAGGAAUUCACUGUCAGUGUAUUUAUUUCCUUGUCGCAUAGAGCAACCUUUGUAAAUAGUGAUGAUUUGUAAUGUGUUUUUUUUUUCCCCCUUUCUGUACAUGCCACUUUAUCUUCAAAAUGAAGAAUGAAGAAUUUCAAUAAAAUCUUUGUUGUACAUUAA